AUGCGACCACAAGUACAGGUUCCAGUUCUUUUCGAUACAAGGCUUACAACGACUCGAUGGCCUUCUGUACGCUCUGCUCUCGCAGUUGCAAGUGCACUCAUCGCCCUGCAACAGGUGAAUUGGGUGCCAGCUCUGGAUAAACAAGCCUUGGUGCCGGUAGCGCAGCAGCUGGGCACUGGCUCUUCAGCGGAGGCCCCAGACGCGUCAGGGACUCAGCUAAUCAAGCGCUUCACUGAUCAGCUCUAUGCGUUUGCGAUGGAAAAGUGGCGUAUCCUGCGAGACCGAAACCGACCUGCGUCAGCGGGGUGCAUCACGUCCACCCGCACGCUCGGGCAGCGCUGCGAGGCACUGGGGCGCGGGUGCCUCACCGUUCUCAUCCUCAAGUACCUGGAAAGGCGCCUUGAUCAAGACAUAUACCUGCUCCCGGGUUCACUCACUGGCCUCGUACUGCUUGUUGGGCUGCUUGGUGUGGUGGAACACGCGUGGUCGGCACGAGCACUCGUUGGGCUCGAGCGCUUCGUGAAGCCAGCGCUGGCCUUUCUGGCUGAAUGGAUGCCGCUGUUCUUUGCACCUCCGUUAGUCGCGUUGCCCGCUCGUCUGUAUACGGGAGGCGCUUCCAAGCGAGAGCUCCUAGCCCUAGCAGGUGUCAUCGUUUCGGGUUUCCUUGCGGGCUUGUGGACGACUGCCGCGGUCACGCGUUCGCUGAUGCGAUGGCAGUCCAGAGAGCGGGCAUCUACACCGCUUGCCGAGAACCGUGCUUCGGAUCUCGCACCAGAGACGAGCUGCUCUUCCCGGGAGCGUGCUGGUGCCUUCGCAGACCCCGUGCUUUUCGGACUGAGUUCGUUGUUGGCGAUCCUCUGUAUCGCCCCAGCGCAGUACUGGCGAGAUCGGCUGCUCCUUGCCGUCGUCACCGCGUUAAGCUAUCGACUGGGUACUCGCGCCGUGCCCAAGCCGUGGCAACGAGUUCUGCACCCGGUGCUUACUUGUGCAGGUCUCACUGCUGUGGUCGCCAGUGGACUCGAGCUCUCCGAGUCUGUUAAUGCGGACGCCAGCUGGUACAAGCGACUAGAACGCUAUCCGUUCAUUGCGGGGAAUUGGUUUAUGCAGCUAUUAGGUCCCUCGCUCAUCGCCCUCUCAUUCCGUCUGUAUCGCGCACGUGCGCUCCUCAGUCGCCAAUGGUUACCGCUCGUCGGCGGGUCCGCGUUUUCAGCCAUCUUCUCACUCGUCUGGACGGCAGUUGCGAGUCGGAUCCUGGGCUUAAGGACACCAGCGCUGCGAGCUGCCCUCUUUCCACGUUCGAUUACGAUGCCACUAGCGAUCGCAUCGUCCAAGCGCUUGCAGGCGGAUACGAGCAUUACCGUAGCGAGCGUACUCAUUUCCGGCAUCCUCGGUGCUAGUCUGGGCUCCAUGAUCCUGAGGCCUGGACCCGAGAUGCCCGCGCUCGCUCGCGGUGUUGCACUGGGGAGCGUCUCGCACGGCCUGGGAACCGCGGCUCUGACCUCCUCCGGUGAUAGCACAGCCGCGUCUGCCGCGGUCAUUGCCUUGGGCCUGGUCGGAACCCUGACCACACUAUUGCUUUCGAGUCCACUGAUGGCCAGUUUUCGCCCUUCGGGUCAAUAG